AUGGUGUAUAUUUUAUCGGUCCUAUUUUUGAAAGAGCCAUUUGUAUUACUUAGGGCGUUAGCGGUAUGCCUAUCUACGACAGGUGUAGUACUGUUCGCUUUUGAUGAUGGUUUUGGCUCUUUCGCUACCUUGGGUGUUAUUCUAUCAGUAUUCUUUACUCUUACCGCAGCUUGUUUUCGUGUAUACGAAAAGUAUUCUAUUGGCGAUGCAUCGCCAAUUCAAGCAUCGAUGCUACUGACAAUUAUUAGCAUUAUUAAUUUCUUGUUGGGAUGGAUACCUGUUGUUAUAUUUCAUUAUACGGGAUUUGAAAAGCUUACAUGGUCUGACAUUCCUUGGGAACCUCUAAUGAUUACAAAUUUAUUUAAUAUGUUACAUAGCUGCUUUGUUGUUAUUGGAGUCGCUGUUACCUAUCCUGUAUUUAUUUCGCUAGGUUCUCUCUUUGGAAUACCGAUUAACGCAGUUAUUGACGCGAUCUUCCGUAACGAAUCGUUUUCGGCAUUAAAAAUAGUGAGCACGCUAUUACUUGCUGUAGGAUUCUUAAUUUUAUUAAUACCUUUGGAAAAGGCUAAAUCGAUAUCUAGAACGGUAGUUAAAUUAUUAACUUGCAGGCAUGGAAAAGCAUAA